CAAGUUACCGCUUUUCUUCUCCCUCCCUUCCUAUCUCCCUCCAUCUCUCUUUCUCUCUCUCCGUCUUUCGCUAACAGUGGCUGAAAAUUAUGCUGCUCUGUAAAAGCAGUUUUAGGUUUUCUUUAAGCUUUAGUUAAGCCUUGGCGUCGCCCAGAAAAACUAGGAAUGAUGAUUGUAUUGUUUGUGAUGAUUCAUCGUGAUUUAUCAGUAAUGAGAGAUGAUUAUGAAAUGCGUUAUAUACAUGAUUAAUGUAUAUCAAAUUGUAUAGAUCUGUAUAUUGUACGUAUAUAAUAAUAUAUGGACGAUCGUGGACUUUGCAUACGAACGCUAUACGAAACAAUUUAGUGGAUGUCCUCUUAGAUUAUGAAAACUGAAUUGCCAAUAAGUGUAUCUGACGAAACUCCACGUGACAUUUCGUCAUCCACUUAUCUAUAUAACAUUGAGCCAGUGAUCCCCAACUUUUCAACUGUGCAAUUUUUCAUACAUACCUUUUCAUUUUCCAUUGACAUAGAUAUCAACUAAGUGGAGCUAUUGAUACUAAUAAUUGAUAGUAAUAAUACAAAUUAUGUUAAUUGCAAAUAAUUGUAGAAACAAUUACAAAAUAUAAGUGGCAGCAAUUACUACUAAUUGGAAUAAUCAUACAUGGACACUAAUAACAAACGAAAACAGAGAAAGAGAGAGAGAGGGAAGGAGGAAGAGUGUGUGUGUAUAUAUGAGUGUGUGAACAAAUGAUAAUUUUAAGCCAUGUGCAGAAACGUGCAAGCAAAACUUGUACUUUAUCGCCCUAUUAGAUCAUAAGCAAAGUUUGCACUGUGAGAUUUGUAAUGCUCGGUAAAGUUUGGUUGCCGUCAUCGCGCGGAUAUUUACCCCGAUUAAACGUAUACUUUGAUUCUGACGUCGAGAAUUGUAGAGGGAAGAGAGGCAAGGAGAAUGUGCAGACGGGCAAGCAGACAUUCCCCGUUUUGGUGGGGCGGUAUCUCGGACUCUGGAUUUUCCUCAUGCUUGGCUCUGUCGUCAGUCUUGCGAUCGGACUCCGAGCGCUCGAAUCGUUGGUUCGGAGCUCGUCCCCCUUCCUGCCAUCAACGACCACUCAAGACCAAUCGUUUCGCGCUACAAGAUUUCAUUCUCUUCGGCCAAGUUGCAACGAUUCCUCGUUAGAUCAUCUAUCGACAAUUUUUAUCGCGUCACCGAGGCAAUUUUGGAACUGUUCGUUACGUCACCUUCGCCGAACGUUGAAUCCGUGAUCUAAAGAUAAAGAAGAGAGAGAGGAGGGGAAUUCGCAAGAAUUUGCGUAACCUCGACCAGUGCAACCUUCUCAUUGGAUAGAAAGCGCUCGAAAGUUCGCGAAAGUACGAGAGUGACUUUGCAGCGUGAGUGCAUAGUUUUCGUGGUAUGAACGUGAUCUCUGUGACCAUGUGACCUCUCUCUCUCUAUGAUUCACAAAUACAUAUCAUUGAAUAUAUAAUAUAUUCUAACAAGAGGAAAUAUAGAAGAGAAGAAGUACUUCUUAUUGAAAUUGCAGAAGAACAAGAAGAGAAAAUUUCAGAGAUUGCACAAAAUUGAUAUAAUCAACGUACAACGGAAUAUUAUGCAGGAAAGGAAUUUUUUUCUCCUAGAAAAAGGAGCGUUAAACGUACAGGAAGAGGGAGAAAACGCAUCGAGUAGAACGGAGCAAUAAGAAAGAAACGAUAGAAGGAACAAGUCGAAACAGUUAAAAAUACGUAAAAAAAGACUGUGCAUUGCAUACAUUGUGUAAGAGUGUGCAUAGCGUGACUGAUUUCACCCUGCACCCAGCAGCGAGCGGCACCGGGCACGGCAGAUUCCACGCGGCGAGCGUGUGCGUGACCACGUGACUAGCGAUUGCAGCUGAUUGAUCGCAGCCAUAUAAAAGCAUGUAUUCCUUGAAAAAACCGGGACUUUUCCAGCAUGAUAGUAUCCCACCCGCGUGUCAGGUGUGCGAGGAAUUCCUACAGGGUUACCAUGAACUCUUGCAACGGUACAUGGACAUCGGCGAGGACAUUGGCGUCCCCGAAGAGUUCACCAAGGGCGAGAUGGUAUCGGGGAUGUGGUGGCGGCAUUUAUUAUCGGGUGGUAUAGCGGGUGCAGUGUCGCGCACUUGCACCGCACCCCUUGACCGCAUCAAGGUUUACCUGCAGGUCCACGGCACACGACACUGCAAUAUCAUGAGUUGCUUCAGGUACAUGUUGCGCGAGGGUGGCAUUAGGAGCCUAUGGCGCGGCAAUGGCAUUAACGUGCUAAAAAUCGGCCCGGAGACAGCGCUCAAAUUCAUGGCGUACGAGCAGGUGAAACGGGCGAUCAAAUCGGACAACGAGGCAUGCGAGCUCGGGCUCUACGAGCGAUUCUGCGCUGGCUCCAUGGCCGGUGGCAUCAGCCAAUCGGCCAUCUACCCUCUCGAGGUACUGAAGACGAGACUCGCGUUACGGAAAACGGGCGAAUUCAACGGUAUGAUCGAUGCGGCGAAGAAGAUAUAUAGGCAGGGUGGCUUAAAGUCUUUCUACAGAGGCUACAUACCCAAUUUGAUAGGCAUACUUCCCUAUGCUGGCAUCGACCUAGCUGUCUAUGAGACAUUGAAAAAUAGUUAUUUACGUACACACGAUAAGAAAGAACAGCCGGCGUUUUGGAUUUUAUUGCUCUGCGGCACUGCGUCAAGUACGGCAGGUCAGGUAUGCUCGUAUCCACUGGCAUUGGUACGGACGCGAUUGCAAGCUGAGAUUGCGUCCGAUCGCUCGUCCAAUACUAUGACCGGCGUUUUUAAAGAUAUCGUUAGCCGCGAAGGAAUACGCGGUUUAUACCGUGGACUCACGCCCAACUUUCUCAAGGUCGCACCUGCCGUGUCCAUCAGCUAUGUGGUAUAUGAACAUUUCCGACAAGCACUGGGCGUUAACAUGACGUGAUGAACAUGCAUGCUAGGUGACUGAUUAAAUUCAAUUAACUUAUUCUCCUCCUCUCUUUCUCUCUCUUGUCUUUCUUUCUCUUUUCCUAUCCUACUAUAAAAUAAUCAUCGAUAUGGCGAAUGAUCGUUGAUAGCUGCGUUAAUGGCAACAUCGAUGAACGAAUGAUGAAGAGGAGACGUUUUCCUUCAAGGGUGAAUAAAAGGGUGAAUAAAAGAAAUGUCGAUCUUUAUAUUUAUUAUUAUUGCUAACUAGAAAAGCUGCUUCACGCAAGCAUUCUAUCUCGCAGUUGUUUUUAUUAUUUAUUAGGGUACUUUAACGUAUUUUUAAUAUUUUGAUAUAUUAAUAAAUUAUAUAAAAACACCUGCGAAUUAUAUAUAGAGAACGUUAUAAUUAUUAUAUUAGCGGACAAUAGUUGUGUAUAUUGUCAUAACAGAAUGAUGUUUGAUUUCGGAGAGUAAAUACAGUACAAAAUAUGAAAUAAAAAGUAUUAUGUAAUCGUUACAUUUUUUUAUAACCAAAUACAUGAGCAAGUUUUGAGUGACAGCGAUCAAAGAUAUGGAAGGGCCAGUUUUCGAUUAUUAUCUAGUAUACAAAAUUGUUUUAUCGAUACAAACAUUCAAAGUCAAUGCAAAAGAUAAAAUUAAAUAUAAUUAUUGAUAAAUUAUAUUAUUAAUUGUACAUUUUGGAGUUAUAAUUUUUAUUGAUACAUUACAAAGUAAAUUAUUUAAGAUAAUAGUACGUUUUUGUAAAUGUUUUCUUAUUUAUUCUUUAAAUUAGUAUAAUGUAAACAUUAGCAAAAAUUAUUAGACAUUUAUGUAACAUGCAAACAUAAUUUUUCAAAUUCAUACAAAUAAAUUCUUUUAUAUAAUAAUUAAUAUCCUUAAACUUAAAAAUUUUGUAAUUUUGUCGUUAGCAAGUUUAUCGUAUCCAGACUUGAGUGCCUCCAAAUAUAAAUUACAUAUGUUGUUAGAAAUUUGUAAAAACGAUAGACUAUCGGCUUAAUGAAAGAUGGUAUUUGCAAUUUUCGUGUCUGGCGAAUGGAGGAUCGUGUUAUAAACAAAUACUGUGAUAUGUAUAUGACUGUAAGCUGAAUUUCCAUAUGAGUUCUCAACUACUUUCUAAGUUAAUUACGAAAUUAUUACUUUGCAAACUGUAUGUAAAAUAAUGUAUAAUUUAUCUUGUAAUUUCGAGAUAUUGAUUGUUGCGUGUUGUAAAUCGCAGGGCGCUCCUAUUUCGUACCGAUCUUAUUUGUUAAUACUUUGUAUAAUAUGUGUAUCAGUUUUCAACGGCCGCUGCAAUUUACUAUUACGUUACGAUUCAUUCCCCUAGAUAUCUUUCGCAAAUUUCACGGGCUUGUGAGCUGUAUGUAAAUUAUGUAUUUAUAUGUAUUAUAAAUAUGUACAGUGCGUUAUGUCGAUAUGUUGUUUCUCAACGAAUAUUCGGAGCAUAGCGAUGAUAAUUCGCAUAUAAUAAACACUCGUUAUUCUGAAGAUAAAUACGAUAAACUGUAAGAAGAAAAUUUUCAUUCUAAUUCUAUUUUAAUUUGUAAAAAGAUCAAUCAUGUUUUAUCCGAUUUAAUCCAACAGAAAUUAUGCAAUAAAAUAAGCAUCACUCAAAAGAU